AUGAUGCCCCCCUUAGCCUCUGUAGGCCCCAAUUGGCUGCAGCAGCCAAGCCAGCCGGCCCCCAGGGGCCCCCGCCCGCAGCCCCCCGCAGCAGGGGGGCCCCGGGGGGCCCCCAAGGGGGCCCCUGGGGGCCCCCCGGCCCCCCUGGCAGCUGAACCCUCCAGGGGGCCCCCCGAGGGCCCCCAGGGGGGCCCCCCAGACCCAAAUCUCUUCAGCCCCAAGUGGCUGCCAAGUUGGGUCCGCAGGAAGCUGCUGCAGCGGGCGAGCGCCCGCGACUGGCCGCCGUGCUGCCCUGUGUGCACUGCGCGCUGCAAGCAGCAGCAGCAGCAGCAGCAGCAGCAGCAGCGGCAGCAGCAGCAGCAGCAGCUUUACAGGAGGUACACUGCUGCUGUCUGCAGCAGGAGUAGACUGGAUGCUUCACCUGCUGCUGCGGCUUCUGCAAGGAGGGGUAGCCGGCAGCGUUCGCCCGAGGCCGCGAGCUUGCCUGCUGCAGCAGCAGCAGCAGCUGCUGCUGCUCCUGCUGCUGCUGCUGCUGCUGCUGCUGAGGGCCGCAGGGAAACCCUGCUUGAGCGAUCCCGACUGGGCGUCGGAGGCAGCGAAGAGGAUCGCCAGAGCCAUGUGCCUCUUUCCACGGGCCUCACGCCAGGCCUUGAAAGGCUGCACGUACGGCGCAGGUCCCCUAAGAAACUUCGGCAGCAGCAGCAGCAGCAGCAGCAGCAGCAGCAGCAGCAUUCAGCCCUUCCUGCUGCUGCAGCAGGCGCAGUUGCCCCCCACUUCGUGGCUUCUGCUGCAGCGCUGCGUCACUCAGAGCCCAGCGGCAGCCGGCUGCGUUCCCCCGCAUUCGGCCGCUGCAGCUGCUCUCCGCGCCCCCAGAAGCAGCAGCAGCAGCAACAGCAGCAGCAGCAGCAGCAGCAGCAGCAGCAGCAGCAGCAGCAGCGCAUCGAGGCCCUGGAGUCUUACGUGUGGAUGCUGGCCUUCGACCCCAGGGACCUUCCCCGCCUUCGGGCUGUCAAUUCUGAGGGCCGCAGAUUUGCCCAAGAGGCCCUCAGCCGCAUGCAGCAGGCGCUGCAGCUGCUGCAGCUGCUGCAGGACCCUGCAGCAGCAGAGGGGCCCCUGGGGGGCCCCCCUGUGCAGCAAAAGGGCCACAGCGCGCACGGGGGCCCCCCAAGGCCUGAGGCCCUCAGGCCCUGGCUGCUCGAGGCGGCUUUGUUUGGCUGGCAGCAAUCGUUCAACAGCGAAGUGCUGCAGCAACAGCAGCAGCAGCAGCAGCAGCAGCAGCAGAAGAGGCCGAACCUGCUCGAAACAGGCUGCUGCGAGUGGGCUGCUUGGCGGGAGCGAGAGAGUAGCAGAGAUGCAGCAGCAGCAGCAGCGUCGGCGGCUGCAGCAGCGGGCGACCCCCAAGCAGCAGCAGCAGCAGCAGCAGCAGCAGCAGCAACAGCGACUGCACCAUGGGCUGCUGCUGCUGCAGGGUACGAGAGAACUUCUCCUGCUGCUGCUGCGCUGCUGGCGACGCAGCGGCGGGCUGUUGUGCUGGCGGGGCGCAUAGGAACUGCAGAGGUGAAGGGGCAGUGGGUAGAGUACUGCGAAGCCACAGUGCUGCUGCUUCCUUGCAGCAGCAGCAGCAGCAGCAGCAGCAGCAGCAAGUGCAGCAAGUGCAGCAAGUGCUGCGACGCGCUAGCAGGCAUUCCAUUCAUGCCGGAUCUCCAGCAUCGCAUUCAGGUCUAUUUCCGGCGGCACUGCCAGCACCUAGGUAGUCAGCUGCUGCAGCAGGGGCAGCAGCAGCAGCAGCAAAUGCUGCUGCUGCUGCCGCCAAAAGAAGUGGAGGAGCUCCUGAGCGGGGAGAAAAGUGCCCAGUCAGACGCCGCUGCUGCUGCAGCCUUUGUAGACGCGUGCGAGCAACAGCGACAGCGCGACAGGCAGCAGCAGCAGCAGCAGCAACAGCAGCAGCAGCAACAGCAGCAGCAGCAACAGCAGCAGCAGCAGCAGCAGCAGCAGCAACGGCAGCAGCAGCAACGGCAGCGAAGCCUGGUAGAGGCACUAUCCGACUGCAGCCGUUGUGUGGUGUACGAGAUAAUGGCCUCGCGCCCUGUGCAGCAGGGCUCUGCGCCCGCCUCAGCAGCAGCAGCAGCAGCUGCUGCUGCUGCUGCUGCUGCUGCUGCAGCAGCAGCAGGGCAGCCCGCAGCAGAGGUGGGCGGCGGCUACCUCUGCAUGCACCUGAGCGAGCGGGGCUUUCUGGAGGCGCUGACGCACGCGCGGCUGUGGGAGUUUUUGUUUCUUUACUUGCGGUGGGGAGCAGCAGCAGCAGCAGCAUUUUUAAAUCUUUAUGACGAGCUGCCUUUUGCUGCUGCUUGGGACGGCUUCCUGCAGGCAUUUCCGGGGCGGACUCGCUGGCGGGGUUUGCGGCCUCUGCAGCAGGAGAUUGCGCUGUCGGGGGACCCCGCUGCAGCAGCAGCAGCAGCUGCUGCUGCUGCUGCUGCUGCUGCGCCGCGGGCCUCGCCGCUCUGGGCCUGGAGACCCAGACUCUGCCGCCUCAGCAGCAAAGACUGCUGCAGCUUCAGGGGGCAGCUGUUUGCUGCGCUGCUGCGGGACAGCACCCGCCUGCACUGCCUGCGGCGGGGCAGCUUGAUGGAGAGCAGCGUGCUGCAGCAGCAGCAGCAGCAGCAGCAGCAGCAGCUGGUGCAGCACUGGGAAGGGUUCGCUGAUGUCGGCCACCUGGCGGACAGAAGCGUCCGCGGAGCGAGGGCCGGCGCAGCAGCGCGGCGCAGCAGCAGCAGCAGCAGCAGCAGCAGCAGCGAAGACACGGGAAACCUCUCUGAAGACCUAGAUGACUGCAUGCAAGUGCUGCCAGCCCCUUCCCCUCACCAAGGCAGAGACCGUUUGCUGCUGCAGCUGCAGGUCAACAUAGCAAACAGCCAGGCCGUGCGCUCCUUGCUGCAGCAGAAUCUUCCGCGCAGGGGCCGCGCUGCAGCAGCAGCUGCUGCGGUUGCAACAGCAGCAGCAGCAGCAGCUGCUGCUGCUGCUGCUGCACGGACAGGCUUUCGCGUCUCGCACGGAAGCCGCACCUCCGUCACCAUCAGACAGUCAAUCCUGCCCGCUGCUGACAGUGAAGCGCAGCAGCAGCAGCUGCUGCAGCAGCAGCAGCAAGACGGUCUCAGCGGCGCGGGGCUGCAGCAGGAGACAGUUCUCUCGCUGUGGAGGACCCCAUCAGAGGCUCUGCUGCGGGAACAGAGGCAGCACCAGCAGCAGCUGCGCCUCAGCAGCAGCAGCAGCACCGGAAAUAUCGGCAGCAGCAGCAACGGCAGCAGCAGCAGGGGCCAGUGCGCCUACCGGCGACCCUCAACUAUUUACCCGCCACUCUUCAGACGCAGCAGCAGCACCCUUGGCCGUCAGGGCAGCAGCAGCAGCAGCUUGGCCGUGCUGGCAACUCCCAGCUUGCUGUUAGCUCCUGAGCAGCAGCAGCAGCAGCAGCAGCAGCAGCAGCAGCAAAGACGGCGCCGCACUGCCAUUUACUUCGGGCUGGCUGACCUGCGCGAAGCCACUGUGCAGCUGCACGGAUAUCCUGCAGUAGAAUCUUUCUCUGCAGCUUUCCAGCAGCAGCAGCAGCAACAACAACAGCAGCAGCAACAGCAACAACAGCAGCAGCAGCAACAGCAGCAGCAGCAGCAGCAGCAGCAUCUGGCUGCACCUGCAAGGGAGCCUGCUGCUGCAGGGCCUGCUUUUGCCGUUGGUUCACCCGAGGCACUUCAAUCAGCUUCAGCAGCGACUGCAGCAAAUUUGUUGCAGCAGCAGCAGCAGCAUCUAUCGCUGCCUCAUGAAGAAGCCGGCCCGCCUGCUGCAGCUGCUGCACCAGCCUCUGCUGCUGCUGCUGCACCAGCCUCUGCUGCAGCUGCCUCUGCCGAAGCUUCCGCUGCCGGCGCAGCAGCUACAGCACAGGACACAGGAGCGCCCGUCGCUGGGGCGUCCACAGAAACGGCAGCAGCAGCAGCAACAGCAGCAGGCGCAACGGCAGGGCCAGCCGCUGCAGCAGCAGCAGCAGCAGCAGUGGCAGCAAGACCAGCAGCAGCAGCAGCAGCAGCAGCACUGGGGCAGCUAGAAGAACCCAGCGACUCUGGGGAAGAACAAGGCAUCCGAACUCCCCGCGUGGAGGAGAGUGGCUUGUCGCCGCUGCUGGGCCGUCUGAGUAUUCAGAACUUUAACUGCUGCAGCAGCAGCAGCAGCAACAGCAGCAGCCCCGCAAGGUCGCCCAGCCCCUCACAGCAAGACAAACGCAUGCGCCAGCUCAGAAACUUCGAGCGCCAGCAGCAGCGGGCACUCGAGGAAGAGUGCAGGCAAAGGGUCAGUCCUUUUGCUGCGCUGCAGCAGCAGCAGCAGCAAAGAAAGCAGCAGCAAGCAUCACCUGCAGCCACUUCAGCUGCCCCCAAAAUACCAACCCCUUUCCCCAACAUGCGGGCAAUACCGCAGCGCAGCGUGCCGCAUAUGCCCAGUGCUGCAGAUGCAUCGCAGCAGCAGCAGCAGCAGCAGCAGCAGCAGCAGGCUACGGAGUCGCCGUUUGCUUUUCUCUCAUCUUGUGCUGCUAUGGCAAGAAGGCGAAGGCCCUCAUCUGCCUUUGCGAGGGCCUCUCCGCUGGCCAGCGCUGGCGCUGGUUUUGCUGCUGUUGGUUCUGCUGCUACUGCUGCAGAUGGCAGUACAAGCAGCAGCAGCAGCAGCAGCAGCAACAGGAUUUUCCGCCCGAGGUCUUCUGAGCUGACCCCUAUUUUGGGUCGCAUGAGUCUCGCUGAGCCCUCAGACACAGAGAGCGAUGACAGUGGCGAGCAGCAGCAGCAGCAGCAGCAGCAGCAGCCGCAGCAGCCACAGCAGCAGCAACAGCAGCAGCAGCAGCAGCAGGCUAGCCUUUUGGCUGCGUCUGCAGCCAACAAGCUGGCCUACACAGCAGCUAGCAGCAGCCCCCAGCCAAAGGCCAAGUCAACUUCGCAGCGCCGCAGGGGUCAACCCCCCUCUGUUUCUCGACUUCCCAAGGCAGCAGCGGCCACCAGCAGCAGCAGCAGCAGCAGCAGCAGCAGCAGCCAGCUCAGCAGCAACGGCGGUGCCAGCAGCAGCUCCGUUCUCAAGGGCCCCAUCAGGGCCAUCGGCAAAGGCCGUGCUGCAGCAGCCAGGCGGGAGGCCCCAUAUCGUCGCCCGUGGGCCCCCACGCGACGGCAGCAGUCGCCAACCCCCCCAGCUGCUGCUGCAGCUGCUGCUGCUGCUGCUGCUGCUGAUGCUGGACAAGGGACUGCAGCAGGCGCCGGCAGGCAGAGGCCAGCUGGAGCAGGCAGAAGUGCAGCAGCAGCAGGAGCUGCAGCAACGCAGGAGUCUGCAGCGCCAGUUAAAGCUGCAGCAUUGUCGAAAAACAGCAGCAGCAGCAGCAGCAGCAUCAGGUCUGCGGGCCGAGGCAGCAGCACGAGAGGGGCCUCUUGUGCUUCUUCUCAGAGGCAGCGGCAGCAGCUGCCGCUGCAGCACCCCCGAAAAGCAGGCUCUAGCAGCAAUCUGCUAAAAGCUGGCAGCAUCAGCAGCAGCUGCAGCAGCCUCCCAGCCAGCAGCCAGGGUUCUGCUGCUGGCAGCCGCAGCAGCCUCAGGGCUAUUGGCAUGCUGGAGCGUAAACGGAAGCAGAGUAGCAGCAGCAGCGCCAGCAGCAGCAGCAGCAGCAGCAGCAGCGUUGCUGGCCCCGCCUCGAAAGCCCGCCUCUGUCGCCUGCAGUCUUCCGGCUCUUCUAUCCACAGCAGCAGCAGCAGCUCGGACCUGCUGCGCCCCAACAGCAAGAGCAGCAGCAACAGCCGCAGCAGCAGCAGCAUCGGCAAAGCAGCAGCAGCUCACCAGCUGAGUCAGACCCCACAGCCCAAGAGGCCCCCAAGCGCCUCUGUGGCUUCUGCACGCCACAAGCCUGCUGCUGCCACGAGCACCAGAAACUUACUUGCCAGCAGCAGCAGCAGCAGCAGCAGCAGCAGCAGCAGCAGCGCCGUCACCAGCAGCAACAGCAGAAACAGAAGCUCCAGUGCAGCGGCCAGAAGCAGAGCUGGCGUCGCUGCUGCUGGAAAGUCACAAGGCGCCACUGCUGCGCGUCGAAUGCAUUCUUUGCCCAGCAGCAGCAGCAGCAGCAGCAGCAGCAGCAGCAGCAGCAGCAGCAGCAGUGGCGGCAGAAGCGUAGCAGCCAAGGCAUCUUCGAUACCAAAUAAGGUAGACCGGAGCCAGAAACCGACGGCAGCAGCAGCAGCAGCAGCAGCAGCAGGUCAGAACGCCAGCAGCAACUUAGAGGGGCCCCAGCCCACUCCCCGCACCACUGCCCCACGGGGGGCCCCCUAG